GUAUUAAACUAUGUUGUAGUGUGGCUUGGUGUUGAGUAUUUCUUGUGUCGGUUUCAGGCAAUAAUGGCGGUUCCUAUCUCUAACCCUACAAAUCCAAUUGUUUUCUUUGAUAUUACAAUCGGAGGACAGGAAGUAGGUCGAAUGAAAAUUGAACUAUUUGCUGACAUUGUGCCCAAAACGGCUGAAAACUUCCGUCAGUUUUGUACUGGAGAGUAUCGCAGAGAUGGUGUGCCGAUUGGUUACAAAGGCAGUACUUUCCACCGGGUAAUUAAAGACUUCAUGAUCCAAGGUGGCGAUUUUGUGAACGGGGAUGGUACUGGCGUGGCCAGUAUUUACAGAGGUCCGUUUGCUGAUGAGAAUUUCAAACUCAAGCACUCAGCACCUGGACUUCUCUCUAUGGCCAACAGCGGUCCCUGCACUAAUGGGUGCCAGUUUUUCAUUACAUGUGCCAAAUGUGAUUGGCUGGAUGGAAAGCAUGUGGUGUUUGGUAAGGUGAUAGAUGGUCUGCUGGUAAUGAGGAAGAUAGAGAACGUACCCACUGGUCCCAACAACAAACCGAAGCUGCCGGUGAUAAUUGCCCAGUGUGGAGAAAUGUAACGUGAUGUUUUAAAACAUGUGAUCACUAUGGUUGAAAAAGACUGGAGGUUAUUGCGAGAGCCAUUUCAGACUUUGCAGAAUGUCUAUCUAGACUGUGGUUAUAUAGGAAUACAAUUGAAUUACGGGACCACUCCGCGCUACACAUCAGCUUGAGUCGCAUGUGAUUUCUCGAGCGUCCAGAUGAGACUAUGUUAGAGUACAGCUUGGAAGUGCAGGUGCGUUUCCUUUGGACCUCGAUGGAGUUCCAGCAGGUGGUUUGCUGUGCAGAAAAUAGCCAGGUGUUCGUGCCCUUGAGUAUUUGGCUUUAAUACAGCCUGUCAUUCCGGAUUAGUAGCUGCUUAUGGUUUUGUUUUACUGAACAAACGGCAGAUAUCAUUGGCAGUAUGCGAAAACAGGACUGUUUAUAGUUUGUGUGCAAAAAUUGUCUACUAGUAUUUUGAUAGGCAUAUGAGAAACGCAUAAUAAAGAAGACCAAAAUA